UCAGUCGUCCUCCACAACAUGGAAGGUGCACUAAGGCUUCUGCUGCUGGCAGCCCUGACUCUGCUUGUUUCUGCCCAGACAUUCACGAACUACAAUAACUUGCCAGAAUCUUACAAACCACACAUUGAUAAAGCACUGAAGAAGGCAAGCAGUAUCUAUGGAAGAGGUCAUCAUGUUGCUUUUCAUUCACUUUUAAACGGUCUGAAGAUAAUGGAUGACAAAUGGAAAGUAAAUUUCCUUGUAAUGGUCACAACAUGCACAAAGGCUUCUACAGAUGCAUAUAAGCACCGAGAUGAAUGUAAUAAACAAAAAAAUAAAACGCCCUGGAUUGACUGUCUUGUGUGUAAGAUGGACAAUGAACAAGAACUGGUUGAUUGUGGCACAGUGAAAGAUGUCAGGAAUGGAAUGCGGACAAAAGAUCGAGAAGACUGUAAGGAAUCUCAUACUGGAGGUAACUUUUUUCUCUUCUAAUGAGGAGAAGCAGUUUGGAGCUAAGCUAUGAUUGUGCAGCGGCCAGAUAAAAUUAUUUACAUGGUGAAUUUUUGAUAUCAUGUCGUGUUAGUAGUGAAAAAACUGUAUCUAUGGUUUAUGUUUCCUAUUCAUUAUUCAUAUUUAGACUCCUAGUCUUGAUAUUG